GUUAAAAUGCCUGAUGUUAAGAUUCCAUGGCGACGGAUUCCAAAAUACAUUCUAUGUAGCGAACACAAAUUUCUUGACAAAUGCCGUGUUACGAACUUUUACAUGGAUCCAGAGGACAUGAUGAUCGAUGAUGAUAACGAAGCCAUGAUCAAAAUUAAUACCAUUGUCAGGCGUAUUAAUGAAGUCAGCGAUAAAUUUACGACCGCCCAGAAGAGAGGAAAAUAUAACAAUUUUGGAUCCGAUAUGAGCACGUUCGAAGGUUUCGCCGCAGAAUUAUUGAAGAUUGAUCAAGAUCUGAAUGCUUCCGGCGAAGAGAACCAUGAUGGUCCAUUAAUUUUGGCGGUUUGCAGGGAUAUGUACAGUAUUUUAAGCUUCAUGGCGACUGCUGAUAAACUUUCCCCUGCAAAACCGUCUCAAAAUCAAGAAAAUAGAGUAAAAGCACUGCUAAAACAGGGAAAAUAUCUCGAAGCGAAGACAAAGAUUACAGAAAUUCUCAAAACUACCCCAGUUAAAAGUGAUGUUGUCUCUGAACUAUUACUCGAUCGUGCUAUCGCCAACUCAGAAACCCGAUUCUGUCGUGAAGCAAUUGAAGAUGCCACCAAUGCGAUGAAAGACAGCCGCCUUCACUCGAAGUGCUUGGAAAUUCGUGCAAAAUGCUACAUGUCGAUGC